GAAACCCUCUUUGUUCCUUUAGUUUUUGUUCCUCUUUUUGUUUUUCUCUUUAGCAUUUAUUCUUUGGCCUUAAUGAAAGCGACCCUGGACCAACAUCAGGCGUUUUGGUGCUGUGGAGACAAGCAAGGACUCAACAAAAACCUUAUUGUUUUUUAUGCAUUUGUAGACAGCCAACGAAAACCCUAUGGCCUUUUUGAUAAAUGUGCACUUUUGCAGAAGACCCUUAACUGGAAUGCAAGCAUAUUAGAAAAUGUUAUAGAUAACCCGAUAGACAUGAAAUAAAAGUAAUAUUUAUAUAUAAAUAACAUUUACUAAAGAGGUUCUUGAACCUUGAUCAAAAUAACUCCUCUGUGAGAAGCAAACAUGCAGAUUUACUGAGAAAACUCUGAAUCAGAGGAUUUAUUAAAGGGGGAGGAGCCACAGUAACAAAUGAAGCAAGGCCCAGUGGGACAAUGGAAACGAAGAGAGUGCAAGAAGAAGACGAGUGAAAGUACAUGGGUGAGCAAGCAGAGUGCCAACUGGAGAAAGAGGAAUUUGGCAAAGUCGAGCAUCUUUUCAGUAUCCAAGGAAACAAGUUCACAGAGCAGGAGCUUAACUCACUGGAUACUCGCUGUUACACUCAGAAGAUUGAACAAUGAGUGUUGGAACUCAAAACCAGGCUACACUCACCUAGUGGGCACAGGAUACCCAGCAGAGCAUCAUAUGACCUCAUCAGACAGGAUGACUACCGGAAGCAGUUCUGUUACCAUGGUGAUGGACUCAGUGAGCUCAGUAACCUGGAUCUGAACUCAUCUUUUGUGUGACAGAGUGAAGAUCCUGAAGAGAGUGAAGGAGCAGGCCUGCAGACCAACAACGACCUGAACAGGAACAGGAUCAAAGUUUGUGAAGUCAUACAGGAGUCUGCUGGUGUAGCUCUAUUAGCGAGUCUCUGCCUCCAAACUCCCCAGCAUGCAGGAUUCACAGAGGCUGGACCAGAGACUCCGAGUGCUCAAGGAGGAGGUCAGGACCAUGACUCAGGAGAAGGAGUGUGGGGAGCAGGUUUGGUGGGAGCGACUGCAGCGCUGUCAGAGGCAGCUGCAGGCCAAAGAGGACGAGAUUAGUCGCCAGUCCCAGUACUUCGAGAACUUUAAAAGCCAACUCCAGCAAAAGCUCAGCCUGGCACGGGACAGAGAGCAAAGCCUACAGAACAGGAUCUACACUUUAGAAAAGCAACUACUGGACAUGACUGUGAGUGCUGCCACUGGCAUGACAGGGAUCAGUGCGACCAGAAUCACAGCUGGUACUGUAACACGCUGCGGAGAACGGGAGAGGCUUCCUCCCAUGAGGGGAGAGGGUGAAGGAGAGGAGGAGAGAAAGGAGGAGAAGAGAAAGCAAUGGCAGCCGAGUGAGUGUAACAUAGAGAAAAAGCAACAAGAAAAUCAGAACUCAAAUGAAGUCAGGCUGCAGGGCUUCAUCCUGAGCCUACAGGAGGAUCUCCAAGUGCUGCUGGAGAGAGAGGAGGAUGGGACGAUGAAGAGGAGGGAGCUAACGGAGCAGCUCCAGGAGGCCCAGGAGAACAGCCAUCUCCUGGGCUGUACAGUAGGGGAACUGAAGGUGGAGGUAGAGCAGCUGAAACGGUCUGAAAGCUCUCUGCUGGAGGAGGUAGAGGAGCUGAGAGAGGAGAACUACAGACUCCUGCAGAUCAUUAGAGAUGCCGCUAGCCAAACAUCUUGUCAGUCAUCUGAAGUCCCUGAGUCUACAUGUCUCAAUCCUGGGAGUAGCUUCCCUGCUAAAAGUACUGCUGUUUGUCCUGAACCCCUCAACACUGUCUCACUGAACACUGCCAUUGAACAUCCUACAGAGUGGAGCUUUGGGAAGGCAUAUCUAACCUCAAACAGGGAAAAAGAGCACCUUCCCUCAUCUGCAGCUUCACCUUUUCACCACCAGGCUACAGCAGAGUGCACUACAGAGGACCAUACCCCAUUUGCCAAAUUAGAAUCUCCACGGAAAGAUGACUGUCUGAAACUCUGCAGCCAUACUGGCUCUAGAACUGAUCCCCAUUUCCAGUCACCGUACUUCACAACAGAGACUCUUGAUGAGUUUAAAAUAGGGACCUGGUGCUCCAAGGGGAUCCUCAACCUGGAGGAAAGAGCAAGUGAGGAAUCUGACGCCCUGAGGGAGGCCUACAUGAGGUUGGGGUUUGGAGAUGAACUUGAAGCCCUUAAAGAAGAACGUGAUCGCCUGGAGGUGGCCCUGCAGCAUACGCAGGAGCAGCUGGAGGCAGUGAUUCAAGAGAAAACUCGAUUGACAUCCCAGCUCAGGAAAGAUGAAAAUGAAAAAGCAGAGGAGUCUUCAAGAGAAAAGAUAAACAAACUACUUACAAAUAGCAGAGCUGAAGGUGACAACCUCCUCGCCCUCACUCAGGAUGAUCUUGUCCAGGCCCUUAAUCAAGAGAAUCGCACCUUAGCGGACCGCAUAACUGAGUUUCUGGCUCACAUUGAGCUUAGAGAAGAGGAGAUCAGUAGCAACAAAACACACCUGAUUGAUAGUAUUCACAAGCUAGAGGCGGAUGUAGUCAGACUAGAGCAGGAAAACCAGGAACAGGGGGGUUUGAUCACAGAACUCACCAAGAAGACUGAGGAUGAUCUCAACACCAUCAUGGAGCUGCAACAGAGGUUUGAGGAGAGUGGACAGCAUACAGAGGAAUCACUGGCUGACAAUGUAGUGAGUGGAUCUCAGCUGCACCAUGAAAGUUCAGCUGGGAUAUCAGGAUGUUUUCAAUCAUAUGAUCUAGGUGAAUGUGUGGUAAAUGUGGUGCAAAGUGUGCUGAAAGAGGGUGAACCAGAGCUGAUGUCCAGUCAAAAGCUAGUGCCAAAAUCUCAACAAAUCACUGACUGUGAUCUGUUGCAGAACAGCCAACAGUUUCAGAGCCUCAAAACACAACACGAUGAACUGCUGAACAACAUAAAUUCCCUCAGAGAGCAGCAGAGAGAGGCAGCCCUGUCGGUCAAAACACAGACAGAAGUAAAACAGCAGUUAACCCGGACAGUUUGGGGGCUGAAAGAAGAGAAAGACAGCAUCUCUCAGUCUCUGGCUGGUGUCAGACAAGAGAAGGAGCAGCUUACCAGGACCAUCUGCGGGCUGAGAGAUGAGAGAGAUCAGUUAUUAAGGUCUAUGAGUAACCUACGAGACGAGAGGGAGCAGCUGACAAAGUGUUUAUCUGGUCUCAAAGCAGAAAAAGAGACCCUGUUUGAAUCUGUCUCAAGUGGGAAAGAAGAAAGACAUCAAAUCUUUGAGUCACUACAAAGUUUACGGAUAGAGAGGGAGCAGUUAAACCAGGCAGUGCUUGAUUCUAAACAAGAGAGAAAUGAACUGACUGCUGCUCUGAAGUCUUUAAGGGAGCAGAGAGACGAAGAACAAUCACGUUACACUUUACAAGAAGAGCAGGGGAAGUUAGAAAAGUCCGUUAGCCGUUUAAGGGAAGAAAAAGAGAGAAUUGAACAAGCGGUGAGAUGUUUAAAACAUGAAGAAACACAAACAAAGGUGUUACUUAAGGACCUAAGAGAGGAAAGAAACAGCCUACAAGCAGAAAACCAAGGUCAAAUACAAACAGAGGGGAGGAACCAGAGGCUGAAUUUGAUGAAUACCAACAGUGCCACUACAGCUCAGCAGAAUGAGACACAAAGAUAUCAACUUAAAGCCCAUGGAGCCAUGCAGGUAUUAAGACUAAUGGACUUUUCCUAUAGUAUUACCACAUUUAGCGACAAGAUUGAUUACUUUUGUCUUGUCUAUGGACUUACACAACAUGGUUUUGAUGGAAAACAGGAGGAAAGUGAUCUGCUGCAGGAAAAUGAAGCUUUGAAAGCAGAACUAAUGAGGUCACAAGAUGAACUGGUCAAAAGAAAAUUUGAUACACACAGGCUGCAGAAUGAGCUGCAACAAUCAGAAGCCAGGGUAGAGGAGGCAGAGAUAAAGGCAUCCCAUGCAACUGAUAAGCUUAUCAGGCUUAUGGAUGUAACCAAUCAGAUGGGAGAAACCAGGAAGGAAAAUGAUUGCCUCUCAACCCAGGUGAAGGAGCUGCAGAGUAAACUCAAAGAUGUGCUCAGAGAGAAGACUGAUGCUCUGUCACUGAAGGCACAAAUAGAGGAGCAAUACAAUAUCCUCAUAGCUCAGCUCAAAGCUAAGACAGUGGCACUAGAGGAGCUUAACUCUGCAUAUAUCACUCUAAGACAAGGGCAGGACAGCAAAGAAGAUGCGGGCACUGUUCUUGUCUCACUCAGGACACACUACAAUGAUGUCAGAGCAAAGUAUGAUGCUCUCCUGAAAAAGAGGAGCCAGAAUGAUCUGGAUGUAGCUCCUUUAAAGGCCAAGCUGUCAUGUCUGGUGAUGAAGUGUCAGGAGAGGAAUGGUUUCAUAGCUCAGAUGAUGAAGGCCAUGCAUAGACAAGGCCACAUGGAUCCCUCCCUCACCCAGCAGGUAGAGGAGCUACUCAGUGAUCCUGUGCUGCAGGACUACAUCAGAGCAUUCACACCAGGGUGCAGGACUCUAGAUUGCAGUACUGGGUUUACAUCUGGAUUUAUUUCAAAACUUCAAGACUACACCAGUGGAUUCACACCUGAUCAGAGCUUCUCCACUUUAUCCCCACUUGUAAAUCAGCAGUACCAAAAUGUCGUUACACCUGAAUCUGCUGGUAUAUGUAAAGAACUCAAAAGCCCUGAAAUGUCCUCAGCCACCAUUGAAUCCACAUCAGAUCAUCAAAAUAUCAGCAAUGAAGUCCUACCUUCACCAACAGCAACACUGAUGAGAGAUAUACGGUCCCCUUUGCAAGAGCAUGUCAGUGUCGAAGAGACUUCUUCAGCUGUUGUUUCAGCACUGGAAGAGAGGAGUAGGGUUGAUGCAGUACAGCGCUCUCCCUCUGCCACUGGACCAAUCCAAAGGACCAGAGCAUCAGAGAAAUUAGGAAAUCAUCAACCAGACUUGAAGGGAAAGUCCUUCCCUGACCUUUCCAAAUCAUCUGAAUCCUCACACAGUCCUACUCCUCUUCCCUUCACACGAGUCAGUGUGAGCAGAAGGAUGAGCAGUCCUGAGAAGAUCCUGAACCUACAAGAGCAACUACAGAAGACUCUGAAGAGCAGCUAUCAGGCUCCAGUGAACAGAGGACGAGGACAGCAGCCCAGGAAAUGUCUCUCAUAUUCAGCUCCUGCAGUAGACCUGGGACCAGCCUCUCUAACAAAAACCCAGUGCAUGAGUGACAAUAAACCACAAACCAACUCCAACAAAGUCCCCCCUUCUUUGAGCAAAGAUACAUCCACUCCCGCUGUGACAGGCACACCUGAAGCCAAGACCACACUUUACACUGCUGUCACUUCACGAUCUGUUCAUGUUAAAUUCAGACCCAACAUACUGACAAAUCAUCACUUUAAAGCAGACAUAUCUAAAUCUAAAAAUCCUGCUCUUUCUUGCCCCUCUUUCACUGAAUUUGACAAAGCAAAAUACAAACUGACAAAGUCUCCAAAAGUAACAAAGAAAGAUGCUGCUCCCACUGACAUAUCUGAUGUUCAGCUGAGGACUUCCACUCCUUUACCUCCAAGGACCACAAGCUUUGACUCUGAUGUCUUAAUCUGCUCUGACACUAAUCCCAAAAACACUGCCUCAGACACAGCUGCCCCAGAGGUUCAUCAUUUAAACACACCUCCUAAAACCCAUGGUGCUGCCUUUAAGUAUGACAGACGUGUAGCUGCUGCCUCCUGGACUCAACCUGCUCACUGCUCUCCUAUGAGACAUUUCCAGGGUGCCACAAAGUCCACUAUUGCUCAAGAAAAGACCAAAACAACAAAACCCAAACCAGGAGCGCCAGCCGAGGUCCGCUCUGUUGAGGUCAUCAAAACAGUGGGACAGAGUAGCCUCCUCAUUGGCUGGGAGAGGCCACCGCUGGAUGAGCUGGGCUGCAGCAACGGCACAUUUGUUUAUGGAUACCGGGUGUUUGUCGAUGGAGACUUCCACAAAUCUGUCAUGAGCUCAGCAUGCACUAAGUGUAUUCUGGAAAAUGUUGACUUGAGUGUCCCCGUCCACAUCAGCGUUCAAACACUGGGCUCUAAUGGUCUCAGUUCAGAUAGUGUCCAUGCACUGUACCGGAGUUCAGACAUCACGCACCACGAUUAGAAAGAAAUGUAUGGUGGCAGAGGUCAACAUAAACUUCUCAGUCAAACAUUCAUAUCCAGUGACAAGGCUUGGAUGUCUACAGCCAUCUUUAGCUGCAGCCCUCUGAGGGAGUGUCCUAACCUCCACCUCAGCAGACAGCAGGGAGACUCCACCACACUGCUGGGACACCCUCAGGCUCAGGUCAACCAAUCAGAAAAAACUCUUCUCACGUUGUCAUUUUUAGCCAAUGAACCUGUGGCCACGGAAAACCUCACCACAAAUAACUGAAGAUGUCAAACAAAACACCACGUAAAUAUCUUAAUCUGCAUUUAAGCAGAGGAAGAUAAUGUUGGAAGGAGUUUCUGUUUCCAAGUCUCACCAACUGGAUACACCUCUUUAAUGGAUGGGAUGAUAUGUUUACAAAGGGAAGACGCCAAUCAAACAAAUCAUGACAAACUUUAUGAAGAAAAGACCAAUCAUGUUGUCAAAAGCUGCCUGUGACACACGUAUCUUAACUUUUAAAAACAUCACAGGACUGACAUCUUUGAAAGGAAUGUCUGCAUCUGCCGCAAACUUUAACACUGUGUUUACUGGGAGGUCACGUUUGUACGGCUUCAUCUGCUUCUUUGGACUAUGACAUGAGCAGCUGAUGAAAAGCCUUUUUUAACACACUGUAUGAGAUGUCGACAACAUUGUACUGGAGGUCAUUAUACUUGAUUUUUUCACACGAAGCCAAAUAUGAGAACAGUUAAAUCACUCCAAAGACUAACUCUGCAUAGAACUACGGGAUUACUUUACAAACAGAAACCAGGUGUUAUUUAAGUUUUACUAUUUGCACACACUCAUUAUAAAAAUCAAGAUGAUCCAAUUAAAAAAGAGAUUAUCACAGAUAUUUUUUGUAGAGAUUAUUAUAAAAAUAUGCCAGUGUACCACAUUCUGUGCAUUUUUUGUAUGAGUGACAAUUUGUUUUUCAUACCUAACAGAUAUUAUGCACGCUCACUUUUUUUUCAUUUGUUAUAUACAAUGUAUAUACA